GUUCCAGUUCAGAAGCAGUUCGAUUUGUUAGUCGAGGUGGAGCCAUGAUAAUCCGUAUGAGAGGUUUACCCUACGAUUGUACAGAUACUCAAAUUAGGGAAUUUUUUGCAUCUGGUGAAAAUGGUUGUAAAGUUAUGGAUGACGGUAUACUAUUUGUAAAUAAGAGCGAUGGACGACCAACCGGUGAUGCUUUUGUGAUGUUUGAAGAUGAAGAAGCCGGCCAAAAAGCAUUGGCCAAACAUAAACAUACCAUUGGGAGUCGAUAUAUUGAACUGUUCCGAUCAACGCAGGCUGAAGUUCAACAGGUUGUAAAUAGAAGUUUGGAAAGUACCCAAAUUCCAGUUCAAGGAAAUCGUAAAGAUUGUAUUCGUCUUCGAGGCUUACCGUACGAAGCUCAUGUUGAAAACAUUGUCGAAUUUCUCGGCGAAGCGUCUCGACACAUUGUUUUCCAGGGAGUACAUAUGGUAUACAAUGCACAAGGACAUCCAAGUGGUGAAGCAUUUAUUCAGAUGGAUUCAGAAAUCAGUGCUGCAACAGCUGCUGCAAUUGCACAUAAUAAAUAUAUGCAAAUUGGUAAAAAACAACGCUACAUUGAGGUUUUCCAAUGCAGCCCUGAAGAUAUGAAUUUGGUAAUUACCAGUCCACCACUCCCACCUCAACUUAUUCUACCACAUAGACCACUGUAUCCACAACCUGUAGCAAAUAUUGUUCCAACACUUGUGCCACCGUUCACCCCGGUAUAUUGGCCAUAUCCAAGUCCACCGGUAUCACCAAAUGUUUAUCCACUGGCAUCACAGCCCGGCAUCGUUCUUAUAACAGGUCUCUGUCAAAACGUCAAUCCUCAUGAUAUAAUUGGUUAUUUUCACUCUAAUCCGGAGGUAAACAUUAUAAGCCAUCGCCUCCUGUCCGUAUUUUCACUUUGCAAGCUAAAAGAACCAUGACU